UCUUUGGGAGAACAAUGCGUGUCAAUUUGACCAAAUCAGUGAUGGGGAUUAAGGAAGGCUCUUCCAGGCCAGUUUGGUCAGAUGACGACUGGUUGAGGAGGUUCUCUGGGAAGACUCUGGAAGAGGAUAAAGAGGAAGAGGGGUCGGAGCCCCCCAAAGCGGAAGCUCAGGAGGGAGAGCGCACUGCCAAAAAGGCCCGGUCAAACCCUCAGGUGUACAUGGACAUCAAGAUUGGGAGCAAGCCAGCCGGCCGCAUCCAGAUUCUCCUGCGCUCAGAUGUCGUUUCCAUGACAACGGUUGAGCAGGCUUCAGUGGAAGCUGUGGCUGAGCAAGCUGAGGAGGGAAGCUGCCUGGAAUUCUGCACCCUGGGCACGAUUUCUACCCGAAUCCAAGUGAGGCAUCUUAGGUCCCAGCAGCUGGAAACAAAUGAGGCAGGGCAGGCAUUUUGAAGCUCUAUAAAGGCUUAGGACCAUUAGAAAGAACAAGCAGUUAAAAGGGAUAACAUAUUUUCAUUGCCAUCUGGUUUAGUUUUAUUGUGUGUUUUUUAAAAUUAUGUGUGUGUGUGU